GAGCAGCAAGACACGGACGUCGAAGAAGAGGCCCUUGUCCAGCCCAAGGUAACACAUGUCAACUCCGCCGAUAUCUCAAUGCAAGACACUGUUGUGCCAGGUGAAUUGCCCGGAAGCAACAGAGGUAGUCACCAGGAUCACGAUGGAAAGCAAGACCCGUUUCCAAGACAGCAAUCUCUCGAAGAUCAGCAAAGCAUUGAGGACGAUUGUGCUAUCGAGGAGCCUCAUCCGGUGAAAGCGAAACAGUCAGUCGCUUCUGGACCACCUGCUGAAACUGUUCACGAUAUGCCGUCAACCAGUGUUGAUCAAAACAUACAGCAUCCACCAACCCCUGCAGACACGUCGCUGCCUACACCUAUAGAUGCACAACAACCCCUUCAUGGAACAAACCGCUCUGGUCCACCGAGAGUGACUAAGAUCAAGAGAAAGCCUCUCCAGUCUGGUUCUACCGCACGAACCUCAAACUCUUCUUCAUACACAGCCGCACAACUGUAUCAGCUUGCUGAGUAUAUGAAAGAACAAGAGCAGCUGCAGGAAAAGCAGGACUGGGUGAAAAGUCUUGCUGCCAAACAGGAAGCUCUGGACAAAGCCAAUCGCCACAAGUCGAAACUCGAAGUCGAAUGUGCACAGCUCAAAGCCAGUCUUGCAAAGCGCUCUGAGCUGACCGAACAGUUCAAUACCCUUGCCACUUUCCACAAUGGCUUAGGCAAAGACCUCAAGAGACUUCACGAGAUCAAGGCCGCCUACAACGAGGAGAUCCGAGGGCUCAAAUCCCAGCUUCUCGCCGACCGAGGCGUUGUCACUAGCGUUCCACCGCAGAUCGCAAGAGUGUCCGACUUGAAGGCCAAAAUCUUUCGCCUUGCCAAAGAGCAACAAGUGGCUAUCAAGAAACUGAAAGGUGACAAAUCCGAUCUCGAGAAACGUCUUCGUGAAGCGUUUGAAUCUCUUGCUCAGGAAAAGUCACGCCAAGAUGCUUUCGAUGAGCGUCUCCAAUCCUUCCAGACAGCAAGAAACUCCACGGAAGAGAUGCUCAAUAGAUGCAUUAACAAGAUCAACGAUCGCUUGAGCGAAUUUACGGCCUUCAUCAAACAAAGCACUUCGUCAAGUAAGGCCUCCCAGGAUCUUCUCGAGCAGAUGAAGAAAGAGAGCACGGUCAUCUUGGACCAAAUUCGUUCUUCUGGAACAAACAUGGAGGUGAUGAAGACGUCCGUAGAGAACCUUUCACUAGGGUGA